UUCAUCCUAAUCCAUAUAAACCCUACAAUCUAUUUUGACUGAAAUUGUGAGAUUAGCUUGCAUUGUCCGCACAGAACUGUUGGGACUCGAUUUCCUGUGUUUAAUUUGGGUGGCAUAGCAGAGAGAACAAGUUGAGUGCAGCAUCAGGUAAUUUUCUGCAUCGAAAUCAAAUUUGAAGCAACUAGAAUGCUCCUACCGCCAUCAGCAGGUGAAAUUCUUCCACCCUGCACAGAAUAGAAUUUGCAGCAAGAAUAAAGAGAUGGAGAUGUUUGAUGGGAGUCCCCACUUCUUCAAAGUCAUGGUCGGAGACUUUGCCCACUGUUUGUCUAUUCCUCCUGCCUUUGCUCGAAAACUUAGAAGUGAGAUUGGAAAUGGACAGAAUGGGGUUUUGCAAGGUCCAAAGGGCAUGCGAUGGAAGGUCAAAAUAUGGUGUGUAGACACUAAAAUUGUGUUUUUUGGCGCGGGUUGGGAAAUUUUUAUAUAUCAAAAUGCAAUAGAGUUUGGAGAUUUUCUAGUAUUUAAAUACAUCUGUGGGAUGUAUUUCAGAGUUCGGAUAUUUGGGAAAAAUGGAUGUGAAAAAGACAUCCCUAAUUUUCUUUCUGCGAAGAUUCAAAACAAAUGUGAUUCACAGAAGAGAAGCCCUGAUCUUUCUAGUACUAUUCUGAGGAGUUCUGAUCACUUGAUGAACAAAAAAUUGUCUGCUCAUUUGAAAAGUAAAUCAACAGCAGACAUCCCUAAUUUUCAUUCUGCUAAUAUUCAGAACGAUUGUGAUUCGCAGAAGAGAAGCCCUGAUCUUUUGAGGAGUUCUCAUCGCUUGAUGAACACAAAAUUGCCUGUUGAUUUGAAAAGAAAAUCAUCAGCAGACGCUGAAAAUGAAGUGAAAAAACCCAAGCUUUCUUCUCAAAGUCAUCCUUCCGAGAGUCCUGAACAUUUCCAUCCAUCUCUUACCGAAAAGGAACGUCAGAUAGUGAAAUCUGCGAAGACAAAAACUGAAAAGAAGGGAGGGAUACAAUGUCAUUAUGUUUCUAGCAGACGACCUGUUAACGCAACAGAGAAGAAAAAGGCCCUGGAGGCUGCUAUGUCUUUCGUAUCAGAAAACCCCUUUGGCUUAGUAAUUAUGAGUGCAUCAAUGGUAUACCGACUGUUUAGGAUUAGAGCAUCAAAUGUAUUUAUAGAUAAAAUCAAAUUACCGAGGAAAAGAACAGAAGUGACUCUUGUGGAUCCUAAAAAAAAUGAAUGGCCAGUACGAUUCCUUGGAGAUAACCCUGAACCUGCCUUGAUUGGUGGAUGGAGACAUUUUUCAAUUGCCAAUAAUCUUGAGGAAGGAGAUGCCUGCAUUUUUGAGCGGGUAGAUGAUAGCAAAGACAAAAUUAAACUUAAUGUGCAUAUUUUCCCUGUUGUCAAAGAGUGUAGUCCUUACAAGUUUAUUAAAGGAAGUAAAAGGAAUGAUAGCCUUCCAUCAACUACAAAUAAGAAAACACAAGUCUUACGCAAUGAUUUUGCAACCAAUUCACUUAGACCUGAAAAGGGAAAAUGUGUGAAACAAGAAAUAGAACAGCUGCAAGGGGAGAAGGGAAAACCUAGUAAUGAAAGCAAAUUUAUUAAUCUGGAUAAACCAAAAUGUAAACCUUCCAUUUCAGAAAGAAAAGCAGGUUGUAGGCGUAGCCUGAGAUUAGCACAAGCAUGUCAUUUGUCCAAGUGUCCAAAGAAAGAGCUGUGGGAUGACAUGAAUGUGGUGAUAUUGUCAUAAAGUGACUACUUCUCUAGAUGAUGUGAAUGGCAAAGAAGAAGACUUGAUGAUUAUGAGGGAUGGCAAUGAUGCUCUGAAGUAGUGCUAGAAGCUGUGCCAUGGUAAACUGAACAGAAGGUUUUAUACUUAGUAUAAUUUCACAUAAAUGUACUUUUCAUUGGAAAUUCUUCAUUAUUUGCUCUUGUAUUAAAGUUUCCCUUUUAACUAAACAUUUCUCUCAUUUUAUCAGUCUAAUAUGCAUAGAGUGAUCGAAUACAAGGUAUAUCAAAAUUUGGCA